AUGCCACAAAAUUUCAUCCUUGAGGUUGAAGUUUUUGAUUGUUGGGGUAUUGAUUUCAUGGGACCAUUCCCUUCUUCUUACAAGAACAACUACAUCCUUAUAGCUGUUGACUAUGUCUCCAAGUGGGUGGAAGCUAUUGCAAGUCCCAAGAAUGAUUCUGCUGUGGUUCUUAAGCUGUUUAAGACCAUCAUAUUUCCAAGGUUUGGAGUGCCUCGGAUUGUCAUCAGUGAUGGAGGUAAGCACUUUAUCAAUAAAGUGUUUGAUAAGUUAUUGAAGAAGUAUGGGAUUCAACAUAGAGUAGCUAGUCCUUAUCAUCCUCAGACUAGUGGACAAGUUGAGGUUUCGAACAGGCAUAUUAAGGAGAUUCUGGAGAAAACUGUGGGUGUUACAAGGAAGGAUUGGGCUAUGAAGCUUGAUGAUGCACUUUGGGCCUACAGAACUGCAUAUAAGACACCACUUGGCACUACUCCUUUUCAUCUGCUUGAUGGGAAAGCAUGUCAUCUUCCAGUGGAGUUAGAGCACAAGGCAGCCUGGACUGUUAAAUUGCUGAAUUUUGAUGUCAAGACAGCUUCAGAGAGAAGGUUGGUUCAGCUGAAUGAGUUAGAUGAGUUUAGACAUCAUGCAUUUGAGAACUCUAAGCUGUACAAGGAGAGAACCAAGGCUUAUCAUGAUAAGAAAAUCAUUUCCAGAAAUUUUGAGCCCAAUGAUCAGGUACUUCUGUACAACUCUCGCUUGAAGCUGUUUCCUAGAAAGCUUCGUUCUCGCUGGUCCAGACCAUUCACUAUCCAAGAAGUCCGCCCCUAUGGAGCUAUUGUGCUGCUUAACUCCAAGGGAGGAAAGUUUACUGUCAAUGGACAGAGGGUGAAACACUAUUGGGCUGAAGCCAAGAUACCAGACAGACACAUUGUGCGUUUGGAUGAUGCACCUUCUGCCUAA